GCUGACCAAUCCAUCCAUCCAUUUCACUCAUCGAGUACUCUUUUAUUCAACCAACUACUCCUACCAUUAGUCCCCUUCUUCUUGUCUUCCAUUUCUAGCACCUCACUCACUGCUCCGAGACUGCACCCUCCCCGGCGAACGACCUAGUCACUCUCACCAGUUUCCGGCGAAAAUGGUCUGAACAGUUACUUUUCUCAAGAAGAUCUCAAAUGGGUUGCUGUGUGAGCUCCGCCAAGCCCUCAGCUUCACACAAAAACCACCAUUCUCCGGUGGGCACUCACCCAGUAGGAUCCGCUGAUGCCAAUGAAAACAGAGCUUCCCAUCCUUUAGCCGAAGAAGAGACCGUCAAGGAAGUGCUCUCCGAGACCCCAAAACCCAAGCCUCCGCAACAAGACUACCAACCCGCCGCCAAACCGGUCUCCGGCAACGUCAAAGACAACAAGAACAACGACGAGGACGAGGACAAGAUCGACAAGUUUCACUCACCCAUCAAUGCCGCCACCGACAACGACGUCUCCGAGCUCUCCGAGGUCUACAGCUUGAGCGAGAGCGUGUCCACUACAACCACCAAGAGAGACGAAGACGAGGAGGUCCGUCAGAGAGUGCACAGAUCGUCCCCGGCGAGAGCGCAGCAGAGGAGCAGAGUUCACACUGGGGACUUUGGGGCCAAGAGAGAGAGGCUUCUCGGGAAGUCUCCGACCCGGAGAUCCGAUCAGUCACCGGGUCGGAUUAAUUCCGGGUCGUCCCGGUUGGUUCACGGCAGAGAACCCAUCGCUAGUCGUGGGUUUAGGCCCACCGAGCCACCUCCGAACCGUCGGAACCCUUCUGGUGAGGCUUCCAGUAGGCGUUCCAGGUCGCCGGCCACCCGUGUGGAUAAUGGGCCAAGUAGAUCCGUCAUGGGUCGGAGCCCGUCUGCCAGGAGAACGAACAGGUCCCCGAGUCGGGUCAAAUCGGCUCCGACUGAGACUAAUGCCCGGAAAAUGGAGCAGACCAAGAAUGAUAGCUGCACGGAGGGUAAGUGGCCGACCAUGUCGACGACGACGACCACCACCAAUGAGUCAUUGGACAACCCACUUGUGUCCUUGGAGUGUUUCAUCUUUCUCUAACUCUUCGUCUCCUGUUUUUUCUUUCGGUAAUUUGUUUAUUGUAAAUAAUUUUAAUUGUAGUGAAAAGGUCAAUUUGGGGAUUUUGGGAAGAUUUUGUCUAUGUGUGGGUUGGGCGGAUUAGCAGAUGACACCUGUCUGUGUCCGAUUUCACAGAAACGCCAUUAAAUUGACCGCUGUUUACUUUUUACUCUCACAGUCACAGGCUUCCAAAAGUGGGUCUCUUCUCCUGCUUGCCCAAAGAUUGCGUUUC